AUGGCGGAAAGAGCCUCAGCAGAAAUGAAGCCAAAGUGCACCCCCGCGGAGCUCAUGUUGAAGGUCAUCCUGAUGGGCACACUGAGCCAUUACGAGACCCGGGGUAUGAUUGACGACAAACGCUUGGACCAUAUGCUCUCUGCUGGAAAGCAGAUUCUAUAUAAGACGCAUCAAGAAAGCGAUGUCAGACAUGGCUUAGGAUUGUCUCCCGACAUUUGGCAGGGCCUUACAGACGUAUUUACGAAGGCAAUUCCGGUUCUAGAAUCACAGUCGUUCAUCUGGAAAAGCCCGCCGGCUGCCAAUUACGAACACUCGUCUUCGAACUUGAUAGCCUACAAUUACUUUUCGCUGGUGAAGGACAUCGAACGCCUGAAUGAUCUUUGUACGAUCGCCCGGAACCUUCUUGCUACGACGAAGAAAGCGCAGAAUAUGGCUGCUGAGAAAGGAUUCGACCAGAGGGUUCUGGCGUUGGUGGAUACUUGUGUUCGGGUGACGGCGCGGGGUUUCGACGGGGAGACGAACGCAAGGAAUGAAGAACGUUGGCAGAAAGUCGUCAAUCUGUACAAGCGUCUCUUGAUUACAUGCCUUCAGUUCUUGCACAACUUUAUCAUGCACAACGAGCAACGUAAGAUGGUUCUCUGGUUGGAUCUAUUCGGCUACCACUCUACCGGGGAUUCCAACAUCAUCCAGCCCAAGGAGCCACUUGAUCAGGCUAGCAGCCAGCCAGAGGGAUUGGCACCCAUUGUGAAGACUGGCGAGAGGAUAGUUAAUCCUCCGAUUAGGGCACUGUACGAUCAGACCGCUGAGGAUCUAUUGCUAGAGACGAUUUCCAACUUUCCUCGGGAACCAGCCACCAUCAAAGAGGAAGCAGCCAUGCUACUACUUGCAAACAUCAAGGAUCAUAUGGAGAAACUGCUAGGGCGUGAUCUUACGGCAAUCCAGGAAAUGGGCAAAGACCCUGACCAAGUCAAAGAAAUCCGUGCCGCCCUCACUGCCAUCCUUGGUGCGAAGGUGGAUGGGUGGUCGGACCUUCAAGACAGAGCAAAGGAUCUCCCGCCCGCUCUUCCCGAUGAUGAGCCUCCUCGGAAAAAAGCGAUCCUCACGAUCGAUCGCAGCCCGACUGCAGGGUUCCCGCGUAUUUGCUGGUCUGACCUUCCAGAUCUCAAUGAGUACGGUGUGGUCGCCGCUGGCGAUGCACCAAUUGCGGAGGAAGACACGACCAUGCCAAGAUCAUCUCAGUCAGCGGCGGAGACACUUCAGGAGGCCAAGGAUGAAUUGAUGGCUCGGCUACAGGAGGCGUCUCAGAUGGGCGACGAGAGGGAUCACGAUUACGAUGCGGGUGACGCAGGCACCGUUGGCGAUGACGACUCACGCAGCUUGGAAGCAGUUGCCGACGGGAGCAUUGAUGAAGAAGAGGAAGAAGAUGAUGAAGACGACGACGACUAUCGCGGACGCCCAGGCGAUCAGCAGCGUGGCCUCUUAACCGAUAUUCCCCUUGUGUUAGGACCUGCUGAGAUUGAAGCUCUUCCGAUGAUUAUUCAAGCCGGGAUUGUAGACAGCUUCGGGCUCAAGGGUGGUGAACGGACUGGAUCGCGAAACAUGCAGGCUCUGCGAUGCCACAUCCUCCUCACACAGGAGACAGGACGCAAUCUGCUCCGUGAGCUUUUGAUCUUCAUUGCUGCAUGGGACCUUCCUGACGACGAGCUCUACUUCAAGAUGAUGGUGCAAAUCAUGGAUGCAGUCCUAAGAAACGGCCUCAUGUCUCACGCGUACUCAGAUUUUGGUCAACCCAAGGAUAUAAUCUCUCCAGCGCAGGCAGUUGUUGUGAAAAUCCUCACGCACAUCUUUCGAGCCAAGUACUCACCCGCUUCAGUCACUGGCUCCGGCCAAGCCAAUGCCACCAAGAACCCGGCCCCUCUUUCCAGAGUCGAUGUCCUCACCGUCCGCUAUAUCUUCACUAUCUUCCGCGGUAACAUCAUCCCCGAAACAUGUGCUCUCAUUUACUUGCAGGGCCAGAUUCGCGCCGGCCGCGCUCUGCCAGAAGACUUCCCUCUCAACUUGUGGGACAUGGAACGGGUAUACGAAGGUGUUUACCAAUUCCUUGAAUUCUUCGCUGUCCUCACAGAGAACAACGAUUGGAAAAACCUCCUUGUUAAGUGGGAGAUCGUUUAUGACCUCGUCACGCUCAUCAAGGAACUCGAAGCUAGCAUCCCAAAGGGCCAACUGAGCCAGUUGAACCUUGGCCGAAACAGCCCUUCCAGAGAGCAGCAGCAGAGCGCUAGCCCCGGUCCCAUCGCCGUCGAGCGACCCUACGAUCCUAGCGAUCCAGACCCUACAGAUGGCGGUACCGCGUCUAGACCCGAGUCCCCGCCAAUCACUGAGGAUCCUUCCGAAUUCGAGUGGCGCAACUUGAAGAAACUUGUCGUGCUUGUGCUAUCCUCUCUUGUGUGGAAGUGCCCUGAAGUCCAGGAUCAGAUUCGGAGGUAUGGUGGUGUGGAGACGAUCCUGUCCUGCACGAAUUUCGAUGCCCACAAUCCUUACAUCAAAGAACAUGCUGUCAUGUGCCUUAAGUUCUUGCUUGAAGGCAACCGCGAGAACCAGAAGCUCAUAGAAGAGCUUGAGGCGCGUGAAGUCCGCGAUGAUAAUGGAAUGCUGCAGCAGCGGGGCCUCGAAGCUGUUAUUGAUAAAACUGGUAAGCUGGCUAUUCGACCACGAGAUGGACAAAGUAGCUCUUGA